UGAUAGAGCAAUAUGUGAUCAAAGUCAUUUGACUCCACAAACUCAUUCAACCAAAAAAAAUCAAACACUUUUCAAUUACACCUAUCUUCAAUUUUAGAAACCAUGAUAAACAACAAAGUAUCCAUUCUUUUAGUUCUUAUCUUUUUCACCAUUUCAGCUUUUUGUUCCGAUCCAGAUCCAGUUCUGGAUUACUGCAUAGCCAAACCACAAGAACCUUGCAAAAACUCAUCCACAGCAACCAUCGAAGACUUCACUUUCUCCGGUAUAAAACUCCCCGGAAACUUCAAAGAAACUGGUUUUACAUCUCUAGGAGUGAAUUCAAACGUGUUCCCCGGUUUAAACACUCUUGGAGUUUCAUUUGUCAGAGCUGAUUUUGACAUUGGUGGUGUCAAUGUUCCUCAUUUUCAUCCAAGAGCAACAGAAGUUGCUAUUGUGUUGGAGGGGAAAAUUUACUCAGGAUUUGUUGAUACUAAGAACAAGAUUUUUGCUAAGGUUUUGGAGAAAGGUGAGGUUAUGGUUUUUCCUAGAGGACUGGUGCAUUUUCAGAUGAAUGUUGGUGAUGUUCCAGCUACUAUUUUUGGGAGCUUUGAUAGCCAGAAUCCUGGUUUGAUGAGAAUUCCUAAUGUUGUGUUUGGAUCUGAGAUUAAAGACGAGCUUUUGGAAAAGGCUUUUGGGCUUAAUUCUAAGGAGCUUUCUAAGUUGAAGAAGAGGUUUUCUCCUUCAAGCUAAUAAGUUGUUUUUUUAUGUUAGAAAAUGAUUUUUUGACAUCAAAGUUUUGAUGUUGAAUAUUGUUUAUGAUUUAGAAGAUAAAAAAAUAAAAAAGGAAGAGAUAGAGAUAUUUAGUGUUGCAUACAAUAUUUGUAUUUAGAUUAUUAAAUCAAAUAUGAUUUGUAUUAAGAACUAAGUCAAUGAAUGCAUGGUAGAAAUUUUUACAUGAUACUUUUUGAAUAA